ACCCGUCUGCGCAUCUGCGGGCUGGCAGGCUUCUAGUUCUGCCGGAUGUGUGGCGCUUGUGGCUAUGGCUACUCGUCGAGCUUUGCACUUCGUCUUCAAAGUGGGAAACCGCUUCCAGACCGCGCGUUUCUUUCGCGAUGUCCUGGGGAUGAAGAUUCUGCGGCAUGAGGAAUUUGAAGAGGGCUGUAAAGCUACCUGUAAUGGGCCUUAUGAUGGGAAAUGGAGUAAGACAAUGGUGGGAUUUGGACCUGAGGAUGAUCAUUUUGUCGCAGAACUGACCUACAAUUAUGGCAUUGGACACUACAAGCUUGGCAAUGACUUCAUGGGUAUCACCCUCGCUUCUAGCCAGUCUGUCAGCAAUGCCAGGAAGCUGGAGUGGCCACUGAAUGAAGUUACAGAAGGUGUUUUUGAAAUCAAGGCCCCAGGAGGAUAUAAGUUCUAUUUGCAGAAUCACAACCCACCUCAGUCAGAUCCUAUAUUAAAAGUAACUCUAGCAGUGUCUGAUCUUAAGAAGUCCUUGAACUACUGGUCUAAUCUACUGGGAAUGAAAAUUUAUGAAAAAAAUGAAGAGAAACAAAGGGCUUUGCUGGGCUAUGCUGAUAACCAGUGUAAGCUGGAGCUGCAGGGUAUCAAGGGUAGAGUUGAUCAUGCAGCAGCUUUUGGAAGAAUUGCCUUUUCUUGCCCCGAGAAAGAGUUACUGGACUUAGAAGACCUGAUGAAAAGGGAGAACCAGAAGAUUCUGACUCCCCUGGUGAGUCUGGAUACACCAGGGAAAGCAACAGUACAAGUGGUCAUUCUGGCUGACCCUGAUGGACAUGAAAUUUGCUUUGUGGGGGAUGAAGCAUUUCGAGAACUUUCUAAGAUGGAUCCAGAGGGAGGCAAAUUGUUGGAUGACGCAAUGGCAGCAGAUAAAAGUGAUGAAUGGUUUGCUAGACACAAGAUAUCAAAGGCUUCGGGGUAACAGAAGACAUGAUGUGGAACAAGCAUUUGUGAUUCCUGUCUAACACCUGCAAGGCCUGAUGUGUCCAUGCAUGAUAAAGACCCUCAUACCUUGCUUGUUUCCUGUACCAGCAAGGAGGCUGGGGUGGUAAAAAUCUGUGUGUCUUAAUCUUUGAAAGUGCUAAGAUAUAUUUUAGAAAUAAAAUCCUACUGUCUAUCCAGUUAGAGGAGAA